AUGGCUACAGAUGGAUGGUUUGGUUUGGUUUGGUUUGGUUUGGUAUCUUCGGAUCAAUCUGGUAUGGAUGUUUUUCUCAACUCGGGGAUUGUGUCAGUACUGGAAAACCUGAGCGAUAGGUUCCAGGACUUGAAAAGAACGUACAAUAUGAUGGGAACUCGUGCUAGUCGUCACCGUACUAAGUCUGAACGGGAAGAAAAAAUUCGAAAUUACGAGGAAUAUUAUUUAAAAAAUCACUCAAGGCGCCAAAAUGUCGAACCAGCGGUAGGGAUCAUCGUGUCCCGGAAAAACUUGACUAAAAGGUCAAUGAGCACAGUAUCAGAAAAUAAUAACAAAGCCCUCUCCGAUUUACGUACAUUCAGGAUGCGAUGUACAAGUUCGAUUUCAAGACAAUCAACUUGUAGCCAAACUAAAGAUUGGUUAUCCUAUAAUUCAAAUCACGAUCCCCAGAACUGUGGCCAAAUUUUGAAAUCAUCCAGUCAUGGACAAAUUUAUCUCACAAGGACCACACCACCCACGUCAUCCUACACAAAUUCCGGUUUGGAUGAAGUCUUUAGCGAGGAGGAUGAUGUUUUCUUUGACUUUAAUGUUGCGACUAAAGACUCUAUAAGCGACCACGAGUUGGACGAUAAUGAGAUACAGAUUACUAUAUUUCAUGAACACAAACGUAAUUUGUUAACUGUAUCUAUACACCGUGCUACACCUGUCCUUGAAGAUUCUGAAAAAUUAUUCGCUAAAGUGUCCAUACAACCGGCACAAAAACAGACACAGAAAGGACAGAGAAUAGAUUUGCAAAAAGUUAAACGUUGGGAGGAGGACUUUGUAUUUAAAAAAUUAACAAUAGGACAAUUAGAGAGCUGCUCAGUUAUCAUCAAAAUUUACCAAAAGACGGGAAUUUUCAAAUCAGCAACUGAACAAUACGUUGCUAAAGUCGCGUUGAAAGACGUUGACAUCAAAGGCUUCGAAACAACUAAAUUGAUGUUACAGAAGCCCACUUCAUAUUGA